UCCAGGGGCUGGACGGUGGCGCAUUAUGGCGGCCUGCGGGCCUCAGGUUCUUACCUCUGAGCAAGCCUGGCUUAAGGCUGCCCAGACCUUCAUCCAAGAGACUCUUUGUCCUGCUGGGAAGGAGCUUAAUGCCCAGUUGACUGAGUUGGUUAUUGAUUGUGUGAAGACAGUCUGGUUGUCCCAGGAGAAAAGGCCGGGUUUUUCACUGCCUCUCAGCUACAGCUUUGUCUCAGUACAGAACCUCAGGACCCACCAGCGACUCCCAUGUUGCAGCCACCUGUCCCAGAGCAGUAGUGCGUACCAGGUUUGGGCCCAAGGUUCUGGGCCCAAUGGUAACUCACUUUGCCAGGAGCGGCUGUUACUUUUAGGGACACUAACAGACCUAUCGGUACAAGAACACAGGAACGGAAGCCUCUAUGUAAGAGAUAACACUGGAAUCCUGGGCUGUGAGCUCAUAGAUCUAGACCUUUCUUGGUUGGGCCAUCUCUUCCUGUUCCCCAGUUGGAGUUACCUUCCUCCUGCCAGGUGGAAUUCCUCAGGGGAAGGGCACUUGGAGCUCUGGGAUGCCCCUGUGCCAGUGUUUCCUGUGACCAUAAAUCUUGACCCUCUCACACCUAUCCCUGUCCUCUACCCAGAGAUGGCAUCCCGCCUACUCAGACCCAGAAGCAAGCUCAGAGUCAUGCAGCGAAAUCUGGCUGGGGAACUGGUUCGAUUGAGUGCUCUUGUGAAAAGUCAAAAAAAAGCAUACUUCGUUCUGUCUCUUGGUGAAUCAUCCCAAGCUAUUAGCCAAACUGUCAGCCAGGUGUCUAUCAUCGUGCAGAUUCCUGCCCAGCUGGUAUGGCACCAAGUUCUUCGGCCUGGUAGGGCCUAUGUGCUGACAGGACUUCGAGUAUCCAAGGUCCGUGGUCAGCGUUACUAUGUUUGGAUGACCAGUCCUUCCUCCCAUCUGAUGCUGCUGAAACCAGGAUGUGUGCAGGAGUUGGAACUGGAAGAACCCUUCUUGGAGGCUGACCCCAAGCCACUCCCUUCACCCAGAAAGUCCCAGGACAGAAAGGGACUAAAGGGUCUUGUCCGGGAUUCCAGACUCUUACAUUAUGCGGGAACAGUCACUAGUGUAUUGAAUGAGCCAGCUGGUCUCUAUGAGCUGGAUGGAAAGCUGGUUCUCUGCCUUGCGUACCAGCAGUUCCACAGUCUCAGGCGGGUGAUACGACCAGGGGUAUGUCUGGAGCUCCGUGAUGUUCACCUCCUCCAGUCAGUAGGUGGAGGAACAACAAGGCCAGUGAUAGCACCGUGCCUCCAUGGCACCAUUCUACUUCGGGGCUUUUCUUAUCAGAAGCCUGGGACUCGGUCAUCCCUCCAAGUUCAUGGGGCCUCCUUGUAUCAGCACCUGGUAUGGGAACGACAACUAGGACUUCCUCUCUAUAUGUGGGCUACCAAGACCCUGGAGGAGUUGGCUUGCAAGCUGUGUCCUUACGUGCUGAGACACCACCAGUUCCUUCAGCAUUCCUCUCCUGGGAACCCCAGCCUAGGACUACAGCUUCUGGCUUCCUCCCUGGAUGUUCUUGCUCCACCAGGUAGCCCCAUUCGGAAUGCACACAGCGAGAUCCUGGAAGAGCCGCAUCACUGUCCCCUCCAGAAAUAUGCUCGGCUGCAGAUGCCCUAUUGUGUCCCCACCCUGGCCACACUGAUAAAGGAAGGAGAGCACAGGGCUUGGGCCUCCUUUGACCCAAAGGCACUUCUGUCCUUCCCAGAGACUGCCCAUCUGCCCAGCUGCCAACUCAAUCGUCGCCUGGCCUGGUCCUGGGUCUGUCUGUUGCCUUGUGCCUUCCACCCAGCUCAGGUUUUAGUUGGGGUUCUGGUGGCUUCAUCUCAUAAAGAUUUUCUGCAACUUCGGGACCAAAGUGGUUCUCUGCCCUGCCUUCUCCUGGCCAAGCAUUCACAACCCGUCACUGACCCACGGCUCAUAGGCUGCCUGGUGUGGGCAAGAAAGUUCCAGCUGGUUGUAGAGAGGGAUGUCAGGAGCAACUUCCCUUCCUGGAAGGAGCUGGAGGUGGCAGGCUUCAUCAAGAAGCGGCAAGCCAGAGUCUAUGUCCAGUUUUUUCUGAGUGACGCCCUGAUCCUGCCUGUGCCCAGGACCACUCUUCAUUCAGCCACUCCCUCGGCACCUUAUACAGAGCUCCCCUGCCUAGAGAGACCCCACAUAGUACAGAGCCGGCUAUUCUUGCUGUCCCACAAGGAAGCCCUCAUGAAGCGGAAUUUUUGUGCCCCUCUGGGAGCCAGUUCAGAGAUGCCCAAGCCUGCCCUCAGUUUCUGUGUGUCAGGAAGCUGGCUUGGAGGCACCCAGAGGAAGGAGGGGAAUGGAUGGGGCCUACCUGAGCCUCUGAGAGAACAGAACAAGGAUCAGAAGGUUCUCCUCAUCUUUCUUGGCUGUUCAGUCCGCUGGUUUGCAGUCUUGCACCCGGGGCAGGUGUAUCGACUUGUGGCUCCUGGUGCCUCUACACCAGUUUUUGAGGCAGAAUGUUCAUCCUGCAUGUCUCAGCGUCCUUUGGAGUUGGCUGGCUGUGUAUCCUGCCUCACUGUCCAGGAUGAGUGGACCCUGGAGUUUCACAGCUCCCAGGAUGUGUCAGGUGUACUGGGGAUACCUGAAGCCCUGCCCAAGUCCUCACUGACCCACCUGCUCAGUGGCAACUUCACGGAUUCCUUGGUGUCUUUCUCAGCUGAGAUUUUGUCACGGAUACCAUGUGGGCCACCUCUGACUCCUCACUGGAUGCAGCCUGGGAACACUGGGGCCGUGAGAAGGUGUGUGAAGCUAACCGUAGCUCUAGAGACUGCUGACUGUGAAUUCCCCCCUCACCUGGACAUAUAUAUCGAAGACCCACACUUGCCUCCCCCACUAGGACUCCUUCCAGGAGCCCGAGUCUACUUUAGCCAGCUGGAGAAAAGGGUUUCCAGAUCCAACAAUGUUUACUGUUGUUUCCGGUCAUCCACUUACACACAAGUCCUGAGUUUCCCCCCAGAUACCGCAGUCAGUGUUCCCCUGCCCCACAUCUAUCUGGCUGAACUUCUACAGGGUAACCAGGCCCCAUUCCGGGCCACUGCCUCUUGCCAUGUCGUUUUUAUCUCCAGCCUUCAGCUCCUGUGGGUUUGUGCUCAUUGUACCAGCAUCUGCCCCCAGGGGAGGUGCAGUCGUCAGGGCCUCACUUGUCCCACUCAGGCGUCUAUAAGCCAAGCCAGCAUCAGGCUCUUGGUAGAGGAUGGGACUGCUGAAGCCAUGGUGACCUGUAAGGAUCAUCACGUGGCAGCAGCACUAGGUCUGGGUCCUAGUGAGUGGACCUCCCUCCUAGAGUUUGUCCGAGGGCCAGGGAGAGUGGCCUUGCGGUUUUCAGGGCCUGGAGCCCAACUGGAGUCUUCAGCCAGCAUCCAUGAACCUUUGACCCUCUUCCUCCAGACACUUUGUACCAGUCCCUCCGUCCUGCGCUCCAUUGUGCUUUCUUUUGAGCUUGAGAGGAGACCCUCCAAUAUCACCCCAUUAGAACCUCCACGGCUACAGAGGUUCCAGUGUGGAGAAUUCCCUUUCCUGACUCGAGUGAAUCCUAGGCUCCGACUGACCUGCCUUUCUAUUCAAGAACCAGAGCACCCUAGCUCUCUGGGGGCCUUUGCUUCCUCCUGUUAAUCUGAACUGCGAAUGGCCUGAAAGUUCUUCAUGCCUUACCAGAAACCUUGAGGACUGGGUUCCAGCUUUCCCCAUACUGUAGCCCCUCCUUUGUGAUUGAACCAGGGCCCUACAUCUAUUGGAUUCACAAACUGCCACCCUACUAUAGUUUCUAACUACAAACUAUAUGUGCUAGCCUGUGUCUCAGGAACAUUUUGAGAACAGUAAAUCAUGGUGUUGGUAGUUUUCCUAUGGUUGGGGUCAAGGCACCUGCACUCACAGGUAGCCCUAAGCACUUGGGUUCUGCCUUGUGGCAGGAGUUGGAAGAACAAAAUACUGGGUCUUGUGAGGGUGCUGGUAACAGGCCUUUUGGGUUGUAAUAGAACCCUCUGAGGAUAUUUCUCGCCCACGUUCAUCUCUAGGGUUCCAUGCCUCCUGAUUCUGGUGGCUUACCAUCAUUCACAAUCAUUUCAGCUGUAUGUUUACUCCCAGGGUCAAAGGUGGAAAAUGAUUUGGAGAAGAGCUGGUCCAGAGAGGAAUAGUACCAAAGUCAGCCCUUACAGGGAGUAAAUCAGGAGGUGGGGACAGGGUAGAGAACAUGGCCUGGUGGUCUCAGUCAGCAAGGCUGAGAGAGAGAGA